AUGCCGUCGCAAGAAGUAGGGGUACCCAUUCCAAAUGUACCGCAUGCAGUUUCUGUGACAUUACCUACUUGGGAAGCCACAGUAGGGUACGAAGAGGGCGAAGAGUGGGUUACCAGUAAAAUGAACUCGGGGUAUCCGAGAUUCUUUAUUCAUAAAAUUAUCCAGAAAUUAUGCAGGAAACUCGAGGCAAAAUACGGACGUGAGGGAGAAGCGUGUUUAGUGUUUCCAAGUUACAAAGUUGCAAAAAGGUGUCGUCAAUUCAUCAAAGACAAGUCAGAGAGUGAUGUACAUAUUAGACUAUUACAAUUGAGUACCAGCGAACCUGUUAAUGAUUACGAAAGAUUGACAAAAGUGGGCACCACUAUUUGUGUGGUGUUUUUCCCAAAAGAUCUCUUCCCCUUAGCCAAAAACUACUGGCAGCAUUCGGGUGAAGUGAUCAGCUCCCGCAUGGGAGAGUAUGUAUUGAAAGAGUUAUUUGAGAACGAUAAGGAGAUUUAUGGUCUAAAGGGAAAUUGGAAACAGGCGUUGCAGGCUCAAAAGAUACAAUCGAGGUCGCCAUCAAUCACUGCGUCUCGGAACAGUGGCCGUAGCUCUGAUAGCCAGGUGAAUGAAGAAGUUGAGAAGGAGUUCAACACGUUUAUUGAACAGAAAUAUGGCCGUGUUUUGGAUUUUAAAUUUGCGAAGGAGGCAAAAAGGGCAUUACGGAGACGUAUUUGUGGGAAAGUUGAUAGAGACAGUGACCAUGGUUCAGAGGACAUAGAGCAUCUGAGAAGAGGCAAGCAUUUGACCCCGUCUGACGUGUAUUUGUGUCCAUCGGGAAUGGCUUCCAUCUUCUUUGCACAUCAUUCAUUGUUGAAUAUAUCUGAAACACCGGGAAUCUCUGUAUGUUUUGGGUUUCCUUACACCGAUACCUUGAGCAUUUUGAAAAAGUUUGGACCGGGACUUAAAUUUUUGGGCAUGGGUGACGACGAGUCGUUGAACGAGUUGGAAAAGGAAUUGGAAGAUGGGUUGAGGAUAAUGGCAUUGUUUUGUGAAUGUCCUUCCAAUCCUUUGUUGAAAACACCCAAUUUGAAAAAACUUAGGCAGUUGGCAGACAAAUACGACUUUGCUAUUGUUGUGGAUGAAACUGUGGGGAAUUUCAUAAAUAUCCACGUUUUGCCGUACGCUGAUAUGGUUGCAUCGUCAUUGACAAAAGUGUUUUCCGGUGAUUCCAACGUUUUAGCUGGCUCUCUUAUUUUAAACCCCGCAUCUAGGUAUUAUCUGAAAUUGAAGGCGUUUUUUGACAAGGAGUAUGAGGACUUAUUUUGGGAUGAAGAUGCCUUGUGGUUGGAGCGUAACUCGAGAGAUUUUGUUGAACGUGUUCGCAUUAUAGACGCAACAACUGAAAAGGUGGUUGGUUUGCUUUUGAAGAACCCGAAAAUAGCACAAGUUUACUAUCCAAGUAUUGGGCCUUCGAAGAAGUACUAUGAUGAAAUUAAAAACGAAAACGGAGGAUACGGAGGUUUGGUUUCAUUCUUGUUUCACAAACCUGAAGAGGCUGUAUCCUUCUUCAACAAAGUUGAUCUUUAUAAAGGACCGUCCUUGGGUACCAAUUUCACAUUGGCGUGUCCUUAUGCUAUUCUCGCUCAUUACCAAGAGUUGGAUGAGAUAGCACAAUGGGGUGUCGAUAGAAACUUGAUUAGAGUCAGUAUCGGUUUGGAAGACCCCGAUGAGUUAUUGGAAGUGUUUAGAAGGGCCCUUGAUUGA